AUGAACUUUUACCCCAUUCCACCAGUCCUUCAGGCUGAGAUUCUGGUUCAAAUAACAGCCCCCCUGCGAUGCACUGGACAGCCUACAGAUUGGCGGAGCGGAUCUGCGCUUCCGGCCUCGGAUAUCUUCUUGGAAGGCCCUGUCUACUCUAGCGAUGGACACCUCUACGUGACCGACAUUCCAUAUGGACGCAUUCUCAAAAUCGACACCCAAAACCAUAUAACGGAGUGUGUGAAGUAUGAUGGUGAGCCCAACGGUCUUGUCAUCAGAGAAGACGGCUGUAUAGUGGUAGCCGAUUACAAACAAAACCAUUUGACCGCAAACUCUGGAAUUGACGGUUUUCAGGGUCUUCUUGUUUUCGACCCGUCAACUGGGGGUAUAUCACCACUCCUAGCGCGUCGUAAUUUGGAACGCUUCAAAGGACCCAAUGACUUGGUGGUAUCGUCAAAAAACGAGAUAUACUUCACAGACCAAGGUCAAACGGGCAUGUCCGAUCCCACCGGACGAGUCUACCGGCUUUGUCCCGACGGGAGGCUAGACUGUCUAGUGGACAAUGGAGUUUCUCCGAAUGGGAUCGCCCUGUCGCCUGAUGAACGAUUUCUGUACGUAGCCAUGACUCGGUCGAAUUCCGUCUGGCGUCUUCCCCUCAAUUCGGAUGGUAGUACAACAAAGGCGGGGCUGUUCUUCCAGUCUUUCGGGGCCUCUGGCCCGGACGGACUCACGGUAGACGAGGAAGGUAAUUUGUUCAUUUGCCAUCCUAGCCUCGCAUCGGUAUUUGUGGUGGAUGCAGACGGCAUUCCCAAAGCAAGGAUCGCUACCUCAUCUGAGGGAGGCAAGAAUCUAACCAACUGCACUUUUGGCGGCGAAGACGGUCGAACGUUAUUCAUAACGGAUAGCAUGAAGGGGAACAUUCAAUUUGUGAGGUGGCAUUGUGGGGGCUCUGUGAAGCCCAAGGCAGUUAAAACUAGAUGA